CGUGCACAGGAAGGCAGUGCUUAACUCAGUGCCAGUUGUGUGACUUUGGAUAUCAUCGAGGGAGGCGGCUUGGGUCCGGGCCCUUCCUGACCCUCACCCAGGUGACUACCUGGUCUGCCUUUGCCUGAGACCCCCCUGAAUACUUUCCUCCUAUGAAAAAUAAACCAAAAAGCCUGAGAAGCAGAAUUUAAAGCGCAGUGGGUAAGAGAGGUUUCAGGAAGGGUAGUAGGGCAGAGCCCUGGGUCCUCAACCCCUAAGAAUGGAGGUGGGUGUACAGUCUAGAGCUGAGUAAAUGAGGGGUGGGGGGAGAGCUGUGGCCAACGUCUUCCUGCCCCAGGGCAGCCCCUGCUUACAGGAGUGAUCUAGGCUUGACCCCCUGGUGUUCCCUUCAGUGCUGCCCAGAGCCCACACUCCCCAGGCCUCUGACCCUCCUUUGCACACAGCCGCUGGGGUGUGUCUGCCUGUGAGAGUGGGCCCCGUGCGUGCGUGAUGCUGCUGCAGCCUGAGGGCAAAAGCCAAGUCCUCCCUCCCUUUCUGCUCCUGUGUGGGGAGGACUCCUAGCCCUGGACAGACGUGGGAUGCGGGAUAUCGACGCUUCAGCUGGGCCUGCUGGGCCUGCUCUCCCCCUCAAUUUCGUGACCCACAGUGCCUGGGCCUGUGACGGCCUGUUUGCUGUGUUUAGAAUACACUUGUGAUUUUGGAUUCAGCCUGUGGUUUGCUGGGUCUCUGGUGUGGAGGACACCGGCCGGCCACCGUCCUUCAUGGCAGCUGGCUGUUUGCUCAUCGGAGCUGGGGACAGUCAGACUGGUUUUCUUCAGUGCGAGCUAACUUGACACAGUCUAGUGGUAGGAAGCUCCUGGCUGGGCUAGUGUGUGGAGACAGGACAGCAGGAGGAUUGGCCCAGCUGGAAUGGGCACCACGCCUCCUGCUUUCCCAGGCUUUCCCCCCGCCGCCCCCCACUGAGCUGGGCCACCCCUGCAGGUUAGAGGGGUCUGGCAGUCUGGGAGCCCCCUGCACCCAGCCCCACCCCAGGGAAAAGCUGCAUCUGAAGUUCUCACAAGUCCGGCUUCAAAGCAUGACUCAUACUCGCUCUCCUCAGAUGGGAGUACCGUGAGGCAGGCGGCAGAGACCCCAGCCUGUCCUCAGGACGAUUGGAAGUACCCCAUGACACACACACGGAGGAAGUCCCUUCCCAUGCUGAGUUCGGGCCCCUCUGGCCGCCAGGAGCCCCUGCAGAUGGAAGGCAGCAGUACGGAGCCGGGGGCAGAGAGUGUGGAAGCAGGCAUGCCCGAGAGCCCGGGGCACCUCACUGGGCGCCGCAAGAACUACCCACUGCGUAAGCGCCCAUUGGUCCCUGAGAAGCCCAAGGCCUGCAAAGUGCUGCUGACCCGCCUGGAGAAUGUGGCUGGUCCACGGAGUGCAGAUGAGGCUGAUGAGCUGCCCCCUGACCUGCCCAAGCCCCCGAGCCCAGCCCCAUCCAGUGAGGACCCUGGCCUUGCCCAGCCCCGCAAGAGGCGCCUGGCCUCCCUCAAUGCAGAGGCCCUCAAUAACCUGCUGCUAGAGCGGGAGGAUGCCAGCAGCCUGGUGGGCACCCGUCGCAGCCGAGGGGGUGACUCUCACCGCAGCCGGGACCGGGCCGCGGGGGGCUGGUCCUCCUCCAAGAAGCGGCCCCGGCUCGAGGACCUUGGAGGAGGAAGUCGGGACCUGUCCCCAGAGCCAGCACCAGAUGAGGGUGCCCGUCGAGAUGGUGACCCAGCGCCCAAGAGACUGGCCAGCCUGAAUGCAGCUGCCUUCCUGAAGCUGAGCCAGGAGCGGGAGCUACCCUUGAGGCCACCUCGUGCCCACCCAGAAGCAGAUGGGCGCUCCACAGAGCCACCGGCGCUGAGGGCUCCGAGGCCAAAGUGGGCUAAUAAGGUCAAUGGAAAGAACUAUCCCAAGGCCCAGCAGGGCCCUGGCUCUGGGGAAGCUGUGGGCCCACUUGGCUGGCAGAGGCACCCCGAGGAGCCAUGGCCAUCCGCCACCCCUCGGGGGCCAGCCAGCCAGCCACCUUACCAGCCCCUGAGCAAGGCUCUAGAGAGUCCCUUGGGGCUACGCCCCCACCUGCCUCUGCUGAUGGGCGGGCAGGCAGCCUUGAAGCCGGAGCCUGGGCGCCCAGGCGAAGAGUCACCUGCCCCCAAGCAGGAACUGCACCAGCCUUCUUUCCCCACACCCCAGCUGUCCCCCCUGCCGAUGCCUGGCAAUCCUGCCCACUACAGUGGCCUGUGCGGUCGACCUGAGCUCCCUGCACUAGGCAGCUUCUACCUUUACUGCAGCCAAGAUGGGCUGCAGUGUGGAGGCUACGCCCCCUGCCCCAUGCUUCCCGAGGGCAAGUUGUCCCCAGUGGCUGCACCUAACGAGGGGCUCCUCUUGGCACCGAGCUCAGUGCCCACAGGCACCCCUUUCCAGCACCCACCCUGGGGCUCUCGCUACUGCUCUAGCGAGGACACUGGAGUGAAUGGCUACAGCAUCUGUGAAAUGUUGCCCCCAUCUCUUACCCACAUCGGCACUACCUGCGGCGGCUGCCCCUACAAAAUGCCUUUUGCAGCAGAAGGCUGCAGGUCCCUGGGCCAGCUGGAAUUUACUCUCCCAGAAGCCGGCCACCCUGCCUCACCUGCCCACCCCCUCCUGGGAUGCCCUGUGCCCAGCGUGCCACCUGCAGCAGAGCCCGUCCCCCAUCUUCAGACACCCACCUCGGAGCCCCAGACAGUAGCCCGCGCGUGCCCUCAGAGCGCCAAGCCUCCUAGCGGCUCCAAGUCAGGUCUGCGCACAGGCUCCAGCUGUAGGCACACGGCAAGAAGCAAGGCCGCCUGCAGGCCCAGCCACCCCAAGCAACCACGUGUCCAGCGCCCGCGCCCACGCCGCCGCCGCCGCCGCCGCACUAAUGGCUGGGUGCCCGUCGGGGCUGCGUGUGAAAAGGCUGUCUAUGUCUUGGAUGAGCCAGAACCAGCCAUCCGAAAGAGCUACCAGGCGGUGGAGCGGCAUGGAGAGACGAUCCGAGUCCGGGACACUGUCCUUCUCAAGUCAGGCCCACGAAAGACGUCCACACCUUAUGUGGCCAAGAUCUCUGCCCUUUGGGAGAACCCUGAAUCAGGAGAACUGAUGAUGAGCCUCUUGUGGUAUUACAGACCAGAGCACUUACAGGGAGGCCGCAGUCCCAGCAUGCACGAGCCUCUGCAGAAUGAAGUCUUUGCAUCGCGACAUCAGGACCAGAAUAGUGUGGCCUGCAUUGAGGAGAAAUGCUAUGUGCUGACCUUUGCUGAGUACUGCAGAUUCUGUGCCAUGGCCAAGCGCCGAGGCGAGGGCCUCCCCAGCCGAAAGACAGCACUGGUGCCCCCCUCUGCAGACUACUCUACCCCGCCACACCGCACAGUGCCCGAGGACACGGACCCUGAGCUGGUGUUUCUUUGCCGCCAUGUCUAUGACUUCCGCCAUGGCCGCAUCCUCAAGAACCCUCAGUAGCCUCCUCAGGCCUACACUGGGCCUGCCCAUGGGCAAGUGGGGCCCGAGGCAGGGGGCACUGCUUGAAGCACAGCACUUGGUUAAGGGGCCACAGGGGCUCGAGGCUGCUGGCCUGUGGUUCUCUUGGGGGGGAGGGCAGGGACCCUUAUGGGUACUGGGCCCCUUGGGAGGGAAGGGGAGGCCAGGGUAUAAGGAAAGCAUCACAGCCCUCAGCUUGGCCCAGAGUACCUCUCUGUGGUUGCCUGGGUGGAGACUUGAAGAAGCAGUCUUCCCUGAGGCUGGGCCAAGCCUGAGGGGCAUGGGACCCUGGGGGGGAGGGGAGAGUCCUUCAGGAAUAAGGCCCAACUGGCUCUUCUUUAGCCCCCCCCCCCCCGGGCCCUUCAAGGGGGGGAGGCGAGCGGGAGCCAGCUUUACCUCACCCACUGUGACCCACUGCUUCCCCAUCAGCCUGGGACCAGGCUCUCUCAGAUUCUAGCACAGCUCCGAGCUCCUUCCUUUGAGGCAUAGAGAGCCAGAGUCUGGCUUCCAGAGCGUAGACUUUCUCUUUCUAGACUCGGGGCCUUUCCCUGGCUUCCUCCUUUGCCCCUGCAGUAGCCCCUCCGCUGGGACAAGUUACCCAGUGCGGAACAGUCAUGGGUGUGGCCCACUUGUGGGUGUCAGCUUCCUGUCUGCCUCCUGGUGAGGGCCAUCCAGCAGGUCUGGCUUCCCAGAAGCUAACUGGUCAACAUUGGGUUUGUCAUGUCUGGGAGGGCGGAAGGGAGCUGGGAGGGGGUGGGGGGCAGGGGGCAAGGAAAAUUGCUACCUGAUUUAUUGAAGACUUUUCCUCUUGCCUUACACUUGGAGGUUGUAGGAAACCUCUUGCAGAACUUCAUACCUGACUCUUCAAGCCACACCCACCUGAAAUCAAACCAAAGGAGUGCUGUGGCUCCCCUUGCCCCACCACCCCUUACCCUGGUCUUUUGUAGAUUGCACUAAUUUACAUCCCUGCGAGAAUCAACACUGUAUCAGUCCACAGACCUGCUGAGCUGCAGCCACUCACUCUAGGAGCUAAGGACCUGCAUUUUCAGUUUGUUCCUGUUGCCCAGGGGCCCUGUUUUCACCUCAUGCUGCUCCUCAGAGUAGGUUAGGAGGCUGGGCCCCCUGUUGUCCUUGCCAGGACUAGGCCUCUGCCCCCCCCCCCCCCCCCCCCCCCGCCCCCGGGGCUCUCUGUGAGGGGGCUGGAGCAGCCUCGUUCUAUCCUAUUUGUACCAAAGAGGAGCAUUGGUGGGGAGGGGGAGAGGAGCACCGUGUGGUCUGGGCCCUGCUGUUAGCACUUACUCGGGGCAGGAGCCAAGGAGGGCAGUGCUCCUCCUCCUCCUCCCCUAGGAAGGGGCAGGCACAGACCCAGCUCAAGCUAAGGAGGUGACACUGGGUGCGGACAGUCAGGCUGGGUCUGGAGAGGGAGGUCAAAGCGAACCCCGAGGGCCCUCCCGGCAACCCCAGGCCUUGUGCUAUCCCUGAGAAGACAGGCUGCUCCCGAUGGGUCACUGGGCUUGGGGGAGGCCUGGAGGCUUCAGAGGUGAAUUUACACAUGGAAAGCCCAAUCCCAAACCCUAGGGGAAGGGACUAGGGUGCCCUUGUAUUGAAUAAGCUGUUUGGAGGAAGGAGUGGGGCAGUAAAAGAGCUUGGCAGAGAGUGGCUGCAGGGGCUCUGGACAGCCAGCCUGGGAGCUUGCUCAUUCCCAGGGUGCUGGGCCCUUGCGGCCAAGGAGCCCAGCCUCACUCAGCAGGAGAGGAGAUCAAGGCCCCUCCUCCCUCGGAGGCAGGGUCUGCUGCCCAGAACUUAAAUGCUUUUGAAAUCUCUUAGAUGUGGAAAUAUUUUUUCGAACCUGAAAAUGCAGCUGGUAGAAUUUCAAUGGAAGCAUAAUUCAUGUAAAAUAUAUUUUAGUUGAUAUUUUGUAAAAUGCACUUUUUGUGUGUGUCGACCCUGGUUUCUCAGAUCUGUAUUUCAGUGUUUACAAGGGAGGGAGGACCUUUCCUCACCUCCCUUUUGACAGAGAUUAGAAGUACUUCUUUAAGAAAAAAAUAAAUUUGAAAAAUUGUAUUGAUUUAGA